GAAAUACAUGGUAAAACACUCAACCAGAAUGGGUUACCAAAAGUUGGAGAAAAAUAUCCUGUUACGCCGUUUAGGAUAACAAGCCUCACCAUUGACUAUGUAUUAAAAUGUACAGGGUCAAACGUACAAUUCUUACAACUCACUAAUUUGACAUUUCCCGUCGAAUUCACUUGCAAUGGCUACCAAUCACUUGAACAUGGGAUGGCAUAUGAUAUCGUGGUAGAUAAUAAAGUGGAACAGUUGACAUUCAACAAAAUUGACGUAUAUUUAUCAUAUUUGAAUGGUAAUUUUGAUGAGAUAAACACGGGCACAGUUACCAGUGGCCGGUGCGCCGGCGAUACUCUUUUCCUGUCCAACGCCUUUGUGGCCGACGAUCAGGACGGGUGCGCCGGAGCCAAAGGCGUGGCCGCACUUACCGCCCGCUAUAUUGAGGCCCGACUAACCGGACCCAAGUGCGGCACCACUAUUUGUACAAUGGAGAGUGGCCAUGUUACAUUGAACCCACCAGUUCGUAAUAAUUGA